AUGACAUCUUCACCCGCUCCAACAAACCAUAUAGCCCACACCCUCCUCGCACGCGCCCAUUCCCCAGACACGGCCUCCCAACAAUUCACCGAGCGCAUCAAACAAAAACCACUCUUCCUCCGCCCAACAUCCCCCUCCGCAGCCGACAACCGCUCUCGCCGACGCCACCAGCGCCUCCGCAAGAAAGAAUACUUCUUGAAACACCAGCGCCCGCAGCCGCUGUCCGCGCGCAAGAAGCGCUCCACGGGUCUGUACGAUUUACCCAAGGAGGAAUGCAAGCACGCUAUUUUCAAGGGCUUGCAUGCGCUGUGGGUUGGGUAUAUGCAGGAGAUACUAGACCUUAAGGUUAGUGGGCGGAGUGUUCUGGUUACGCCCGCGUCGCAUGGGGCGAAGCUGGUUAGUGCGGAUUAUCACGGUGCGGAGGUGGAGGUUGUUCGGAGUCAGUGUGCGAGUCGGGUUGGUAUGAAGGGGAUUGUGGUGCGGGAUACGAAGUUUACGUUUGUGGUUGUUACGGAGAAGGAUGAGGUGAAGACGAUACCCAAGGAGCAUACUGUUUUCCGGUUUACGGUACCUCUGCCAGGCGCACCAGAAGCUGAGGCAGAGGGUAAAGAAGACAACCAGGAAAAGUCUACACCGGAAGGUCCGAAACCACUGGUCUUUGAGCUGCAUGGAAGCCAGUUCGAGAAUCGACCUGUUGAUCGGGCGAACAAGAAAUUCAAGUGGAGGAAUAUCGACUAUGUAUAG